GGAGCAACAAACCGCAACACAAACUGGUGGCUGGGCCACUGGUUUCAUUUCUCCUUUUUUUCCUUUUAGCUGACGAUCGGUCGAAGCCAUCACUCACGCUGGUGCGCAGCUACAAAUACGCCACCAACCUGACCCGCCGAUCCCAUCCUCAUCCCCAUUUUGCAAAGAAAAUCGUCCGAGAACCAGAGGAAGAAAUCGGGAUCAGUUCGCCGAACGACCGGAGGCGGAGGGAGAUGGAGAAGAUGAGCUCGUCGGUGCAGUCCUGGGUGGAGCAGCACAAGCUCGCCACCGUCGGGGCGCUGUCGGCGACGGCGGUGGGCGCCACGGUGGCCGCCGGCCGGCGCCACGGGAGGGCGAAGGUGCUCACGGUGGCCGCCGCGCUCGGGGGAGCGGUGCUGGCGCAGCGCUACUACAGCGCCAAGCGGAGGGAGGAGGAGGCCAGCAGCUUCGAGCUGGAAUUCUACUCGCAGCUGCCGGCGGCCACCGCCGAGGACGGCCAGGAGAACGAGCGCUGGACCUACUAGCGGCGCCGGAUCAGGUACCCAGAUCACGGCCGGCCGUGCCGUGCAUCGAGAGAUGAUGACGAUCAAUUAGUGGCUAGUUAAUUAAUUGCCCGUGACGUGGCUUGUCCUAAUCCAUCCAGCGAGGACGACGGAAUUAUCUUAUCUGCUUUGUAAUUAUCCAUCCGGCAAGUGGCCUUGUUGUCCCUGUCAUCUAGUAGGUGAGAAGAGGUCGGGGUUAGAUUUAAUCAUCUUCCCUAUCAUCUGAAGCAACCAAGAAACCCAGCAAUGCCUUGUGGAUCGUGGUAGAUGCAAUUCUGUCUAUUUUGGAUGAUGUUGAUGAUUGAAUAAACAACAGCAAGUCGCCUGAGUUA